AUGAAGGUCUCCUAUACAAUCCCAACCUUGGCACUAGCCGCCGCACUAGGUUCGACCUUCACAGAGGCUCUGCCAUCCUCUUGUUUCUCCGACCUCACACGCCGUCAGUCCUCGCCACAAGGCUACUACAACCCCACAACCAAUGGCGGCUCUCUUCUCACCGGAAACACCGCCUCUGGCCUCAGUGAGCCACUCAACGUCAUCGUCUCUGGCAACUCCGACCCUGGCGUCCUCUACCAGGCCGGCUUUGAAGAAUUCGCCCGCUCCUUUUACUUCUCCCCCGGCAGCUGCCUCAACAUCUCUCAAGGCGGUUACCAGACAGCCAAUCUCGGCGACGGCAACGGCUACCGCCCUCAGACCAACAUCAUGCGCUGGAACUUCAAACAGGGUGAUGGUGGCACUUGUUUGGAAUCACUCAAAGGUGGCAACCAUUUCAGGUACUGGAUUCAGAACGGAACUGCCGCUGACUCGGGUGCCAUUUUCAUCGCGGCUAGUGUCGAGCUCAAUGCGACGCUGAAACACAUGAUCGCGCCAGAUGGAUACGAUGCAGGAAGGGACCAGAUGGUGGGUAACAUGACCGGAAGAACCCUGUCCAGUCCAGGUGGAUUCCAGUACACGGUUAGCAAGGAGAGCACGCAGUUGUUGAACGGAGUCAGUGCUAGUCAGAUCAAUCAUGAUAUUGGCAUUGAUGGGACGGUGGAUGUGCUGACAGUGAAGGUGACCAAGAAUGGCACUAUUGGAGCUGGUCGCGAUUCAUCAAGUGGAUCGAACACCGGCUCUUCGAUCAGCACACCACAGCAGAGUUCCGCGCUGCCAAACUUCUCAAGUCUCGAUGCGCGACUGAUAGGUGGGAUCAGUGCAGUCGUUGUGGGUGUCACAUCUGGUCUUCUGGCCUUAGCAUAA